GCCACUUCGUAAUUCUCUUUGUCUGUACCUUAAUUUAUUAUUAGGUGAAAAAACCUCCGAGUAUUAAAAUUUAUUAUGCAAAGCAACUUUGGUAAGUUCAACGACCACGAAGAAGAGAGGGAGCGGAAACACUUCUUUGUACUUUGCAGGUGCAAGUUAAAUGGCAGGGGAACCAGUUAAUGUGAAUGAAUUCCAAGAGCUUGCUAGGCAAGCCCUUCCGAAGAUGUAUUACGACUACUAUACUGGAGGAGCUGAGGAUCAGCACACCCUUAAAGAAAAUGUAGAAGCAUUUAGUAGAAUCAUUAUUCGGCCUAGAAUACUUGUUGACGUGAGCAAGAUAGAUAUGUCAACUACUAUUCUAGGUCACAAGACGUCAGCCCCUAUUAUGAUUGCCCCAACGGCCAUGCAUAAAUUGGCACAUCAUGAAGGAGAAGUUGCAACAGCGAGAGGAGCUGCAGCAUGUGAUAUUAUUAUGGGACUGUCGUACAUGUCAACCUGCACAGUGGAGGAGAUUGCUUCCAGCUGCAAUGCUGUUCGCUUUUUCCAAAUAUACGUUUACAAAAGAAGGGAUAUAACAGCACUUAUGGUACAUAGAGCUGAGAAGAAUGGAUUUGGAGCUAUUAUUCUUACAGCUGAUACUCCGAGGCUUGGUAGAAGGGAGGCAGAUAUAAAGAAUAAGAUGAUUGCACCUCAGUUGAAGAACUUCGAAGGUCUUAUAUCAACUGAAUAUGUUUCUGACAAGGGCUCAAAUAUUGAAGCCUUAGCAGCAGUAACUUUUGAUGCUUCUCUUUGUUGGAAGGAUAUAGAGUGGUUAAAAUCAAUUACCAAGUUGCCAAUUCUGAUUAAGGGCGUUCUGACUUCUGAAGAUGCAAUAAAAGCGAUUGAAGCAGGAGUUGCAGGAAUCAUUGUCUCUAACCAUGGAGCUCGGCAACUAGAUUAUGCUCCAGCUACUAUAUCUGUUCUUGAAGAGGUUGUCCAUGCUGUUCAAGGUAAAGUUCCAGUAUUUUUCGAUGGAGGAGUGAGGCGAGGAACAGACAUAUUCAAGGCCUUAGCUCUUGGUGCAAAAGCUGUUCUGAUUGGUCGAGCAGUUAUUUAUGGCCUGGCAGCUAAGGGAGAGGUGGGGGUAAAGCAGGUUAUUCAAAUGCUCAGGGAUGAAUUGGAGUUAACAAUGGCCCUUUCUGGCUGCUGCAGUGUCGAAGACAUAACAAGAAACCAUGUGAUAACAGAGAAAGAAAGGUUCAUUUGUAGGAUGUAGUUUCAUCCUGAAAGCAGCUAAAAGUAUAUACAGGACCGGCUACAAUUCUACUAUUGUGUUAAAAAAUAAUAAGCAAAUGAAGAUAGUGUCACAUUCCUUGUUCCUA